AUGAAGAAUGUUUCCAGCCAGAGCGAUGUAGGGAAGAGUUUGAAUUGGACUUCAAAUCAUUUCAACAAUAGACUGAGCUUUAUAAGAGAAAACUUAACUCUUCUCAUCAUGGCAGCUCAGCAGCAGGACAGUGGCCUCUACCUCCUGGAGGUCACUGAAGACACUGGGAAGGUUUGGAGACAUCAGUUCCAGGUUUCUGUAUUUGCACCUUUCUGAUCAACAUCUCUGCUUCCAGAUCGUGUUGAGAAGCCCCAGCUGGUGGAGAGGUGGAAGGUCCUGGACAGGGGGAUGUGCCAAGUGACUCUGUCCUGCUCAGUCUCCAGAGGCGGUGAUGUGAGCUAUGCUUGGUAUAAAGGGACUGAGCUGAUUCAGACACCCAGGAACCUCACCAAACUGGAGGAGCAGAUUGAUGUCAGUGGUUUGCACACAUACACCUGCAAUGUCAGCAACCCUGUCAGCUGGGCAAACCACACCCUCCAACUCACACAGGGCUGUCUGAAUGCCUACUCGAAUUUCAUCUUUCUGUCCACUUUGGUGAGCAUCAUGAUUCUCCUAACGGCAUUGUUCCUGGGUGCCCUCACCUGCUUCUAUGUGCGGAGGUGGAAGAGGAAGCAGUCACAGACCAGACCAGAGGAAUUUCUGACGAUCUACGAAGAUGUCAACAACGUGCAAACCAGGAGAAAUCAAGAGCAGAAUUCCCCUGGAGAAGGGAGAAGCAUCUACUCCAUGAUCCAGUCCCAGUCUUCUGCUUCCACAUCACAAGAUAACGCACAUACAUUGUAUUCAUUAGUACAGUCUUCCUGGAAGUCUGGAUCCAAGAAGACGAACCGCAACACUUCCGUCAAUAAAACUAUCUAUGAAGAGGUGGGAAAGAGAGCACCCAAAGCUGAGAACCCGGCUCGACUGAGCCGCAGGGAGCUGGAGAACUUCUGUGUAUAUUCCUAG